UUUUGGCUCUAGGGAUCGUGGAAGUGGGGUCCUAAUGGCCAUGGUGCAAUUCUGCUGGUCAACUGUGACUCUGAGUCCACAUACAAGAAGACACUGGACAGUGAGGUUGAUGAGAUCAGUAAAGUCUCGGAUUUGCAGGACAUGUCCAAGAUGAUCCUGCGCACCAACGGCCCAGCUGAACUUCCUGAAGGCUAUAAACUGACCAUGCACAUCUCACAGACCACUUCAGAGAGCGUGAGAGUCUUCAGACCUCAGACAAAUGUACAGAAAGACAAUGUGUGGAAGCAUAAACUCCUGAAGUUGUUCCUGAAAGAUUAUAUAAUGGUGGUGGGAACGGACAUGCUGACACAGAAAGUGCCCUAUCUAGGAGGCAAAACUGAACUGGAAUUCUUUGUAGAGGGUCUUCAUUUCCCUGAUAGAGACUUUGAUGGGCUCAUCACCAUCAACCUCAGUCUACUAGAGCCCUGUGGCAAGGAUUUCCCUGAAACUCCAGUCUUUACAGAUAAAGUGGUAUUUCAUGUUUCUCCCUGGAUCAUGACCCCAAACACACUCAAACCUGUGGAGGUGUAUGUGUGCAGCACAAAUGAUAACUACUCGUUCCUGAAGAGCAUAAAGAACCUGGUGGAAAAGUGUGGCUACAAACUGAAAAUAUGUCAUGAGUACAUGAACCGAGGUGACCGCUGGAUGCAGGAUGAGCUUGAGUUUGGCUACAUUGACUCUCCUCAUCAUCAGUUCCCUGUUGUACUGGACUCUCCUCGUGAUGGAGAUCUUCAGGAUUUCCCCUACGAGUCCAUUCUGGGGCCAGACUUCGGGUACGUGACACGGCAUGCUUUGAAUGAGAAAGUGAGCAGUCUGGACUCCUUUGGUAACCUGGAAGUUAGUCCACCAGUCACAGUGAACGGGAAAAGUUACCCACUUGGCAGAAUCCUCAUUGGAGUGGCGUUCCCUACUGCAACACGUGGCCGCAACAUGACCCAAGUUGUCCAGGACUUCCUGUGGGCACAGAAGGUUCAAGAGCCAAUAGCGCUGUACUCUGAUUGGCUGGUUGUGGGUCAUGUGGAUGAGUUCAUGACCUUUGUUCCAGCUCCUGACCGAAAGAAAUUCAGGUUGCUGCUGGCCAGCCCUGACGCCGGAUACAAAGUUUUCAAAAGCUUGCAAAACAACGGACAUGGAAAAGCAGAAAUGUUUCCGGGUUUGCCAGAGGCCAUCUCUGUAAAUGAGAUCCUGAGCGACAAAAAGCUACAGGCUGAAAACAGAUACGUGCAGAACUGUAUUGACUGGAACAGGGACGUGCUGAAGAAAGAGCUGGGGUUGGAUGAUGAGGACAUCAUUGAUUUGCCCAUCCUGUUUAAAGUGUUAGAAGAGAAAACGUACCCCAGGGCUGUGGCUUACUAUCCCGACAUGGUGAACAUGAUCGUGUUGGGGGAUCAGCUGGGCAUCCCAAAACCGUUUGGGCCGAAGGUGAAUGGCAGGUGUGCUCUGGAGACGGAGGCGUGUUCUCUUCUGGAGCCUCUGGGCCUCAAAUGUACCUUCAUUGAUGACUUGACCCCGUACCACAAACUGCUGGGUGAAGUUCACUGCGGGUCCAACGUUCUUCGAGAGCCGUCCCCUUUCAAAUGGUGGAACCUAGAGCUGUGAGAGAGAGAGAGACUAGACCGGUCAAGUGCCUAUUAAGUCUAGAAAUAAGCAAUUCAUAGAGCAAAAUACUAAUCGGAUAAUCUAAAAAUGGAAAUUCUCAUGAUUUACUCACCCUCAUGUUGUUCAAGCAGCUCUUUUCCAUAUAAUGAUAAAGUGCUGUCAAGCUCCCAAAAACGAAUGCGAAAUCCCC